AUGGAGCGCUGCCCCAGCCUGGGGGUCACCCUCUACGCCCUGGUGGUGGUCCUGGGACUGCGGGCAGCACCAGCCGGUGGCCAGCACUAUCUGCACAUCCGCCCGGCGCCCAGCGACAACCUGCCCCUGGUGGACCUCAUCGAACACCCAGACCCUAUCUUUGACCCUAAGGAGAAGGAUCUGAACGAGACGCUGCUGCGCUCGCUGCUUGGGGGCCACUACGAUCCGGGCUUCAUGGCCACUUCGCCCCCCGAGGACCGGCCCGGAGGGGGCGGGGGACCGGCUGGGGGUGCCGAGGACCUGGCGGAGCUGGACCAGCUGCUGCGGCAGAGGCCGUCGGGGGCCAUGCCUAGCGAGAUCAAAGGGCUGGAGUUCUCUGAGGGCUUGGCCCAAGGCAAGAAGCAGCGCCUGAGCAAGAAGCUGAGAAGGAAGUUACAGAUGUGGCUGUGGUCACAGACCUUCUGCCCGGUGCUGUACGCGUGGAAUGACCUGGGCAGCCGCUUUUGGCCACGCUACGUGAAGGUGGGCAGCUGCUUCAGCAAGCGCUCGUGCUCUGUGCCCGAGGGCAUGGUGUGUAAGCCGUCCAAGUCUGUGCACCUCACGGUGCUGCGGUGGCGCUGUCAGCGGCGCGGGGGUCAGCGCUGCGGCUGGAUUCCCAUCCAGUACCCCAUCAUUUCCGAGUGUAAGUGUUCCUGCUAGAACUCGGGGCCCCCCUGCCCGCGCCCAGACACUUGAUGGAUCCCCACCAACGCCCCCACACCGCCUCCAACCAGUUCCACCACCCUUUAGCUAGGGUCUUCAUUGAACUUUUUUUUUUCCUUCUUUGCUACAGAGACCCGGCUUUCUGGUUCAUGUAAUGCACUGUUUAUCUGUGUAGGAAUGUAUAUGUGUGUGUAUAUACGGUCCCAGUUUUAAUUUACUUAUUAAAAGGUCAGUAUUAUACGUCAAAAGUUACCGGCUUCUACUGUAUUUAAAAAAAGCAAGCAAAAGAAAAAAAAAAAAGAACAGAGAAAAGAGAGACUUAUUCUGGUUGUUGGUAAUAAUGUUAACCUGCUAUUUAUAUCCCAGUGCCCUUCGCAUGGCGAAGCAGGGGGGGGGCGGUAUUUUUUCUUAAAAGUACAAAGAGAGGGGGAACUUUUGUAGAAGGACUUUUUAAAAAGCUAUUUUCCAUUCUUCGGAAAGUGUUUUGAUUUUUCCUUAGACAUCGAAGAAGCUAUAGAGUUCAAUGUUAUUUUACAGAUAUUGUAAAUAUAGAGAACAAAUGGAAUGACUAAUCAUUGUAAAUUAAGAGUAUCUGCUAUUUAUUCUUUAUAAUAUCCCGUGUAGUAAAUAAGAAAGAAGUGCAGAACAGGAUUAAAGAAAACCACUAAAACCGAA